AUGGCGCAUGCACUAGCAGACGACCUCUUCGUCGGCUUUGACGUAUCCGACUACGACAAGCCGUUUCUCCUUGAUGUCUUGGCCGCCCCUGGCACGCCCUGGGAAGAGAAGCUCGCCGUUUACGACCUCUGCCUGUUUAGCGGCUUCGAGGACUGGCAUCUGAUGCUCGAAUGUGCGGCUUCAAUCAGGGAAAGAAGCCCGGCAGCCUCAAACCUGGAUGCACGAGAUGUUCUAGCCUUUGUGCCACGAGCCAAUGAGGCCACACUAGCCGACGAGAAGCUGCGCAAGGGUUGGGCAGCUACAGAUCAGUCCAUCAAAAAUCUGGCCGCUCUUCUUCGGGCUCAUCGGUCAGGCAUCAUUGCUGAGCAGCCUGUCGUGCGGGGCGUGGAGCGAAUUAUCAAGCGAGAGGGAGUUUCGAAGCGUGAGCGUGAGGAUGACGCAGUUGAGGCAGAACCCAGACAGCGAGUCAAGCGACAGCGAACCGCGCCCAAGCCGUCCACAUCCCACUACUUUGCGCAUUCGGCGGACGAACAAGCGCCCCAGCAAUCAGCAUCUCCGGCCGCUAGUAGUGUACAAACCAGUACUUCGGCAAUCGUCCGCAAUGGUAUUGCUACACCACGCAGCACACCCCGCAAGCGAUCUGUCGAGAAUGAGGCCUUGAGGGCAGGUGCUUCAGACCCGCUACGAUCUAGCCGCGGCGCUAGAAUUACCGGGCAAACGGACGGCGAAGAUGGCGACGAUGCCGGCGCUUUAAAAGGCAGCGGCCCGCAGACAGCGAGGGAUCUCCGGGCAGACACGCCAUCCUCGCCAAGCCCCCGCAACAGCUCACCUCCGAUGAUCCCAUCCGGAUUACUGUCCCCGAUCAAGCAGUCACCCAAGAAAUGGAUUGCAGGUGUCGUCUCAACUAUUCCCUUCCCAACAUUGUCAGCACCUCAAUUCGGUCUCAUUCAAGAAGAGUUUGCUCAUGAACCAUUUUGGCUCCUGGUUGUCGUCACAUUCCUGGUAAAGACAGCCGGAACAUUGGCCAUUCCUACGUUCCGCAAGAUCAAAGAGCGUUUCCCGUCGCCGACUGCCUUGGCUGAUCCCGAGGCAACGGCUACUAUCACGAGCAUGAUACAUCAUUUGGGGCUUUCUGUUGUUCGGACAGCAGCAAUACAACGUUAUGCACGGUUGUGGUUGGAAAAGCCACCUAUGGCAGGAAAGACCUACAGGGUGAAGAACUACGAUAGACGAGACGUCCAGCCCCUUACCUUUCGGUCUCAAGAUCUUGACGAGGACGCCAACGAAGACGCCACCGUAGGGCCCGCAGGAGAAGCAGAGGACUCAUGGGAAAUGGGCCACUUCACACAAGGCAAGUAUGCACUCGAUAGCUGGCGCAUAUUCUGCCGCGACGAGCUCCUUGGGCGCGCUCAAGACUGGAACGGGAAGGGUGCAGCCUCUAAUUUCCAACCUGAGUGGAUGCGCGUGCGUCCCGAUGACAAGGAGCUUCGGGCAUGUCUGCGGUGGAUGUGGAUGCGCGAAGGUUGGGAAUGGAAUCCCGCAACGGGAGAGAAAACUGUUCUCCGGGAGGAGAUGAGGACCGCCGUCGAUCAAGGACGGGUCGAAUACGAUGAAACUGGAGGGAUUAGGAUUCUCGAUGAGCCGCAUUUGGGCUUGACUGACAGUUUUGGACGAAAGUUGAAGUUUACCGGGCCAGCUUUCGCGACUGCAAAUAUCGGCGCCAUGGGGUCCCAAAUCGACUCUCAGGAAGAGUUCACGGUGCUCGUCACCGGCUUCGGCCCCUUCAAGGCCCAAUACCCCGUUAAUCCGUCAUGGGAAAUCGCCCAUUCUCUUCCGUCCUACCUCCCUCCUCUUCGUGCUAAGAACCCCAAAGACCACCCUUCCUCAACAUCAGCUCGCCCCCUACCCCCCGUUCGGAUCCUCGUCCACCCCGAAGCCGUCCGCGUAAACUACCAGACUGUCCGCGCUCUUGUUCCGCAGCUAUGGGACCCGGCGAAGCACCCGCGCAUAGAUGCCAUGGUGCACAUCGGCAUGGCAGGCCCGAGGCUGUUCUACUCAAUCGAGCGCCGCGGACACCGCGAAGGAUACGCGUUUCCGGACGUCGACGGCAAGUUGCUGGAGGAUGAAGACAGGAAGAAGAGGGAAGGCGAGGAUUGGGUUUGGUACGGAAUGCCCACUGAACUCGAGACGAAUUUCGAUUUGGGCGAUGUGUUGGACCGGUGGAAGGGACAUAGCCCGGAGGGCUCCGAUCUCCGCAUAUCUGAAGACGCGGGGCUCUACCUCUGCGACUUCAUCUACUUCUCCAGUCUCGCACAUCUCUGGAAGCAGCAGAAGCACCGCCGCGUGGUCUUCCUCCACGUGCCGUCCGACGCGUCUGAGGAGUCAGUGGCUAGGGGCACGGAAUUGACAGUCCAGCUCAUCCGGUCCAUUGUCGAGAGCGAGCUGGAAAAGCGGAGAAACAAGCCAAACGAGGGCCAGGUCGUGAGCGAGAACGACAAGAUUGCUGUCGAGUUGCGUGUUUAA